AUGAAGGUCUUUUACAGGCCAGGCAAGACGCACCUCGUCCCGGACGCCUUGAGCAGACUCAUCGAUGAGUCCGCCGCACCACCCGAGGCGGACCCCGAGAUUCUGGGUCCAGUCAACGUCUUUGCCGUUACCGUGGUCGAACUAUCUGACGAAAUCAAGUCGCGCAUCAAGCGAGCUUUAUCUCGUCGACAAUCAUUGGAAGCUGAAAGGCACCAUAUCCCAUACGAUCACCGCCACCAGGAUUUGAUCCACCAGGCGCAUCGUCUUCCUCCGACCGCACCAGGAUCUCAAUCCACCAGCGCGACGAGCCCGUAA